ACCCCAAUCCGGCCUCACCUCGCCGGCGAUGGCUGCGAUGACCGCCGUCCGCCGCACUGCCCUCGCCUGCCGCGUCUCGAGCGGCCUCCUCUCCCACUCCUUCGCCUCCUCCGCCGCCUCCCACUCGCGCGCCUCUCCCACCCUCCUCGGCCACUUCUACCACCCCAUGUGCCCGCAGGACCCGCAGGCCUUCCAGCUGCCGCCGCCCGCCGCGCCGGCCUUCCAGCCCCUCACCGCCUCCUCCCCGCGCCUCUCCCUCGACUUCCUCCCGGACAUCUUCGACUACACCCUCUACGACUCCCACCGCGGCCUGCUGCUCCUCCGCCGGAAGCCCCGGUUCGACACCCGCGGCUUCCUCGUCUGCGACCCCAUCUCGCGCCGCCACGCGCUGCUGCCCUCGCCGCCCAUCUCCUCCCUCAACGGCGGCCAUGUCUUCGGCUCCGCGCUCCUCUCCCGCGGCGCCGCGGACCCCGACGGCGGGCUCCGGUUCGAGGUCCUCUGCGUCGCCCUCGACGUGGACCGCCCGCGCGCCUGGGUCGCGUCCUUCCGCGACGGCUGGUGCCGCUGGAACGCGCUGCCGCGGUCGCGCGGGGUCACCGUCGACUUCGACGCCAUGAGGUUCGAGCGCAUCUGCGUGCACGCCGCGGGGGGCAUGUACUGGCACAUCCUCAGCAGCCCCUACGCGCUCGCGCUCGACGCCGCCACCAUGGAGUUCUCCUUCCUCCGGGCGCCGGAGAUGAUGUGGGGAGAGCUUGACGGGCACCACAAGUACCGCAUGGGCGAGGUGCCCGAGGAUGGACGCCUGUGCGUCGCUUCGCUGGAGCAGCAGCAUGGCCUCCAGAUGUGCGUCCGUGGCAAUGGGGACAACGGCUGGGUGCUGGAGAGGCGCAUACCCAUGGACGAGGUGUUCGACACCGUGCCGUCCCUGCCCAAGGACCCCGUGGUGCGGCACGCCAGGCUGUUGCUGGGCGACGUCGACCGGGGGCGAACCGGGAGGGUCUUCAUCAACACCAUUGGCUUCGGCAACUUCUCCUACGACAUGAACACCAAGAAGCUGGAAUAUUUGGCGGCCGAAGAAGAUGGCAUGACAUUUGGUCACCCAGUUUUUGCCUACUUCUCGACUCCAGAUGAUGGCAUUGGCAUGGGAUCUGCGUGACCUUCUGGGUGGUGACUACUAACCGGUGACUUUGGAGGCCUCGACACCUUUUUGUUCAAUAUCAGCUUGCAGGAAGCUUCUACAUACGUUCUAUGAUGCACGAGUCAGUGACAAUGGGGUUUCUACUGUCUGCUACGUUAUCCAAGUGCAAUUUGGGUAAACAUGGAUGGAACUCUUGAAACAGAAGGUUGUGUGGUAAUCUGAUUGUCCUCUUGGUUUACAUGGAUGAAACUGUCACAAACUCAUGGUACCCUGAGAUUUGGUGAACCAUGGUGUGCAGGAACACCAGCUCAGGCUUUUAGCCUUUUGUUCAAUUAGUAGCAGAUAUAUCCUAUGAACUCUAAUGCUAUUCUUUUCUGGCGUGCCACCAUGUAAAUCUGUGUUCUUCGCGAUUCCACACUUUUUUGUGCCUGGCAUUCAGUGUCAUUUUCCGAAAAAGGGCAUUGCGGUUUGUAUCUCCUUGAUGCUGCAUUCAGUCUCAUAACUAUGCAUAUUUUGUUUGAUUAGGA